AAGAAGAAAAAAAAGGCACAGUGGAACCCCUCUCUCCCCCAUAUGUAUUUUGGCGUUGACUCUGUUACGUCAGCUGUUUCUCUGCUGUCCUGCAGUGUCCCUAUUUUUGUAGCUGAAAGUGUGAAGAACUGACUCUGUUGCAAUGGAACAUUGGAUUUCGGAGAACAUUUCAGCUUGGAAAGCAUAGGACAUUUUACAAUCCCACUCAAAUUAACCAAGGACACGGAAUUAAACGUCUCUGCUUGGUAACUACAUUUUUAUUUUCGGAUGGGAUGGAAAGACACUUCUGCGCAAGGGACUCUUAUGCAGUGGCUAGCAGCUAAUGUUCAAAUGCUAACUAUAAAAACAAUCAGAUAGCUACAAGAAACGAUUUGCAUGAACGUCAGCGACUACACUGACUUGUUUAGCAUAUACAAAUGCAUUCCGACAGUUUAUUGUGAUUGGUGUAUUUUACUAAAUUGAAUUACUUAAGAUGGAUUAAUGGAUAGUUUGCAAGCUAGCUAACCAAUUUAGCUAACUAGCUAGCUAUGGAUAGUUGCUGUUCUUGUGUUAGCUGACACGCUAAGGUUAGCUAUCCAAUUAGGUCAACAUAACGCUUGUCUUUGAAAAUGUGUUGACUCAUAUUUAAUGGUAGUCAAUACUAUAACGUUACCCCUAGUAUGGGAAAUAUAUCCCAGCAAGCUACUGUUAGCCAUCUAGCUAGUUGAUGGGUUGAGAUGUAACUUGACUUCCCAAUUAAGAUGUAGCACGAGACAGCUGAAAGUUAGUUUGCUUGAUAGCUCAGCUCAUUCCUCACAGGAAAGAUUGUAUUUAGAAAUUUAUUGCAUGAGGGGGUGCCCAACAAAUCAGGCAAUCAUGUCUAGUAAAGCCAUGACUAAAGAGAAGAAAUCUGGUAGCUUCAGCAAGAAACUCUUCAGACGAAGCUCUGUGCGCUCCGUGGGUAGUUUUAUGGGCAGAGUCCUCAGGACCCUGUCAACCUUGUCCCAUUUUGGAUCAGACGGGCAUGCUAUUGAAGGUGACAAAGACGACGGGGGUUUCACAUUAUUCAAAACGGGAGGCAAAGAUUCACCAGCUUUGGAUGAUAGUGACCGUUUCCUCGGAGAGAAGGUCCCUGGAGUGUCUGGUCUCAAAAACCAUGGUAACACUUGUUUCAUGAAUGCCAUCCUUCAGUGCCUGAGUAACACUGAACUCUUUGCUGAGUAUUUGGCACUGGAACAAUACAGGGGAGUCGAGGAAACGGAUGAGGAGAAGGAGAAACCAAAGACAAACGGUGUGCAUUUGGGGAGGAAGGGCCCUCAUGACAGAGGCGAGGUGACAGAGCAGUUGUCUGGACUGGUCCGGGCCCUGUGGACAUUUGAAUACACCCCACAGCACAGCAGGGAGUUCAAAAAUGCCGUCUCAAAGAGCGCUUUGCAGUAUAAAGGCAAUGCUCAGCAUGACGCUCAGGAGUUUCUGCUCUGGCUUCUGGACAGGGUACAUGAAGACCUCAACAACCAUCCCAACAACAGGCCUUCCAUUAAGCCACCAGUGGAAGAGGAUGAUGGGGGCCUAGAGGGGCCUUCGCUUCCGCUCUCAACCGGUUCAUUUGUGCAAGAGCUAUUUCAGGCCCAGUACAGGUCGUCGCUCACCUGCCCACAUUGCCAAAAACAGAGCAACACCUUUGAUCCUUUCCUUUGCAUCUCCCUGCCCAUCCUCUUACCUCACACAAGGCCUCUGUAUGUGACAGUGGUCUACCAGGGGAAGUACUCUCACUGUAUGAGGAUCGGCGUGGCCGUGCCCCUGAACAGCACCGUGUCCAGACUCCGAGAUGCUGUGUCACGUGAGACCAAGAUCCCCCAGGACCAGUUUGUUUUGACGGAGAUGUACUAUGACGGUUUCCACCGCUCCUUCUGUGAUGACGACGACGAUCUCGAUAUCAUUCAGGAGAGCGACUCCAUCUUUGCCUUUGAGACGCCUGAGACCUUCAGACUAGAGAACAUUAGAACCAAGAGAGGGAGUCUUCUUGCCAACCUGAACCAGAACAACUUAAAGUUUGGGAGUGAGAUGAGCAGGACUCCAUCUUUCAUGCAAGGAGCUGUGAAUCCUGCCACUGCGUCAGCCAAUAAGAACACGGGGGUCGACAAGAUGAUCCUGCUUAUCUGUAACCGAGCCUGCACCGGUCACCAAGGGAGGAGGUUUGGUCUUCCAUUUGUACUGUACAUGGAUCGCACUGUGACCUGGGAUAUCCUGCAGAAGGAGAUCCUGGAGAAGAUGCAUCACCUGCUCAGGCCAGGAGUUUACAUUCAGGUGGGGCCCUUCAGCCUACGAGUGGUUGGUGUGGUUGGCAUCACGUACCUCCUGCCCCAAGAGGAGCAGCCUCUCUGUCACCCAACAGUGGAAAGAGCAUACAAGUCCUGUGGCCAGGGGGGACCGCCGCACGUCAAGAUAGUGGUGGAGUGGGACAAAGAGACCAAGGAUUAUCUGUUUGGGCUCAAUGAGGAAGAGUACAUCCCUGAUGCUGAGAGUGUGUAUCUGCACAGAGAGCAACACCAUCAGCCCCAGGCCUGCACCCUCGCUCAGUGCCUCCAGCUCUACACCAAAGAGGAGCAGCUGGCCCCAGAUGAUGCCUGGCGCUGCCCCCACUGCAAGCAGCUGCAGCAAGGCCACAUCAAGCUCAGCCUGUGGACCCUGCCUGAUGUGCUCAUACUGCACCUCAAGAGGUUCAGACAGGAGGCUGACAGGAGGGUGAAGAUGCAGAACAUGGUGCGGUUCCCUCUGCUCGGCAUGGACAUGGCUCCUCACAUGGUGAAGAGGUCCCAGAGCAGCUGGAGCCUGCCCUCUCACUGGUCACCAUGGAGACGACCCUACGGCCUUGGGCGUAACCCUGACGACUACCUGUACGACCUGUACGCCGUCUGCAAUCACCACGGAAACAUGCAUGGAGGCCACUACACAGCUUACUGUAAGAACUCUGUUGACGGCCAGUGGUACUGCUUUGACGACAGUGAGGUUCAGCCCGUCGCUGAUGAUGAUGUGUGUCAGCAGACGGCCUACAUCUUGUUCUACCAGAGGAGGAACACGAUCCCCUCCUGGUCCGCCAACAGCUCCGUAGCAGGCUCCACCAGCUCAUCUCUGUGUGACCACUGGGUGAACCGUCUUCAAGGCAGCAGGCCGGCCAGCCUGGCUUCCGGGGCCUCCUCCAGACGCACCUCUCUAGCCUCCCUGGGCGAGUCGGUGGAGUUCACCACAGGGGACCGCAGCGAAGAUGACGGUGGAUUUUCGACCCGUCCCUUUGUUCGGAGCAUCCAGCGUCAGAGCUUGUCUUCCAGAUCAUCCAUUGCCAGUCCUCUGGCCUUCAGUGAGAACAGCAUGAAGCCCUCCUGGUCCCUCUCUGCCAAGCUCCAUAUGAGGUCUAACUCUCCCUCACGCUUCUCCCUGGACUCACGCUCCUCUCCCCCCUUGGAGAGGAUAGGAGAGAGGGGAGAGGCCUGUGAUGACAAGGUAUCCACAUCUUGCUUCGGUAGCUACAGCCGGCACGAGCGCUACCCUGGUGGCAGGGCCCCCUUGGCCAUGGAGGGGAACAGCACCGACCAGGACCAUGGCAGGAGGAUCCUAGACGAAGUCUACUGCAGGGCCCCCACGCCGGCCGAUAGGAAGAGCUCCAAGAGUGACCCGACGGACAACAACAACCAAAUAACAGCCCUGGACCAAAAUGCACAAGCCCCCCUGUCGAAAGAGCAGAAACGCAAGAGCAGCACCUCCGGAUCUGCCCCGAAGUUAGAGAGCGCCGGGUCCAAAAAGAGUUCCACCAAGUCUGAGCCAGAGAAAAACUCCAAGAAGCGCCAGUGUUCGUUCUCCACCCCCAAAUCCUCUACAUCCCAAAUGUCUUCCAGCACUGUGGUGAAGGGCCCCAAGGUGACCAACUCUAAAGACAAGACCACCAGAAGCAGCAUCGCUACGCCCACCAGGACCCCGUCCAAAAAGAAAGAGUUUUUGUCUUCCAAGGGUUCUGACUCGGCAGCUGGAACGCCCCAGAGCAAGCAGCGCAUCUCCACGCCGCAGUCCUCUGCUUCCCCCUCCCCCACUGUAAAGAAGAGUGCCUCUGGCCUUGAGAAGACCACCGCUGGUCGGAAGAAGCUGCUGGAGAGGAGCUGCAGUCGGGACUCAGGGUUGGUAAGCCCUCUGGUUGAUAGACCACGCUGGGGCAGCAACGCUGCAGCCAGGACCCCCACCAAGACUGCUGCAGAGGGGGUCCGUCCAGAGAGGCUUUUGCGAAGUUCCAUCAGCAGCUCCUCUGUCACCAGCCUGCGCUCCCCCAGCGUCUCCUGCAGGGACCCUAGGCACAGCAACAAGUCAGAGGACAAGGGCUUGUCGUUCUUCAAGAACGCCCUGCGCCAGAGAGAGUCCCGCCGGUCGGCCGAUCUGGGCAAGACCAGCAUCCUGGCCAAGAAGGCCUCUGAGAGGACAGCCAGGCUGAGCGUUCAGGAGGAGGAUGGGUCGGCCAAUGCCUCAGAGCAUCAUGUGAACGAGGUUGUCACUGAGGUAAAGGAGUCCUCCAAGCCCUCCACCCCAGUCAGACGCUCUCUGUUACCUAUUAUAGGCAAAUCCAAGUCUUCCACUUCUGAAUCCAGUCUUAAUUCUCCCCCCAAUGGGAAAAAGCCUCUUGAGAAGCAGGCGUCCUCCAGAAAGCUUUCUGCCAUGCAAUCUUCUGCACGCCCAACACAGAAGCCUCAAUGACAUCAUAUAUCGAUAGCAGUCUCAUUGUUUUAUGUAUGCAGCAAUUAUUUUCUCCAUGUGCCUAAGAUAUGAAUAUAUAUAGAUUGAAAGAGUAUAUAAUAUAUAUAUAUGUACUUGUAUUUUUCUUUUCAUAAGCAAGAUGUAAAUUAUCAAAAGCGCCUUUCCUGUCAUGGAACCAAAUCAUUGCCUUUGGCAAAGUAUGGUAUUAGUAUACUACUGUACACAACUCAAUAGGAAUGUUUUAAGAUAGCACUUUGUAAAUACAGUAUGGAAUAUUUUUCUCCAGAACAACGCUAUACAGUAACUUAGUAAACAAAACAUCUAUUACUGUCAAUUUUUAUGUAAUACUUUUACAUGGUUUAAAAAGGUCACGUGAAACUAGAGUAACGGGUCUGGGACUUGACAUUUAAGGCUCUUAAGGGUACACUAGUCUUAAGAUAGUUUGUGGAGUAGUCUAAAAUGUUACUCCUUUUCUACACCUGGUGCUGUUCAAAGGGCAAUACUGGCACUGUUUUGAAAUAUUUAAAAUGCUGAGGUUCUGAAAUAUAAAAAAACGAUCUAUGUCAGGGGUCAGCAACAGGCGUCCUGUGGUGCGAAACCACCCAGGAAGUGAUUUUGUUUGGGGGGGUGUUGUGGGACUACCCAAAGUUUGUAGUAUAAACAAAUAUAUGUAUGUAUUUUGGGAAUUAAGUUUUUGGUUUAAAAAAAGGUGUUUAGUUUAGGAAAUCUGUUCCCAAGUAUUUUCUUGGAUAAAAAAAAAGGAGAUGUGAUCGUGUCUCAAUGUAGUCAAGAUAUGAAAUGAUUGUUCUCAAAUACAAUCAGGGUUUUUUGGCCUUAGUUGUGGUCAAUUUGCAGUGUACAAAUGAUUCAAAUGUCUCCCCCCCCCAACCAUCCGCGGCUGAAUCUAGGUGCCUACCCCUGAUCUAGGUGUUACCAGUCCCGGCAGCACCUCAACCUGUGGUACCUCAUGAGAGGAUGUAUGGAAUAGCAAACAGAGGCUGCUGUAUAGUACUGAUAAAAUCCAUAACCGCUCAUUUAAGUUGAACAUUUGUGAUUAUUUGCCUUUGUCCGGUCUUCAGAUGAAGUCAAUUCAAUCUAAAUAAUGCACACUGCACUGAACCGUUUUACUAUUCUUUGCUGUUUACUUGAAGCGUAUCUAAGUAACUGUACUACUGUCAGGCCCUGCAUGGGGAUGUUCUCCUUGGUUCAAUGAUAGUUUGACGAGUCAUUUCAGUCAGAUCUGGUGCCAUCCCCAUAUCUGCAAAGAUUUUGUAGCUGUAGCUUUGACCUGUUACUGAACUCUCCCUGUGUCUUGCUGUAACCCAUUUGGUAAUCUACCGUGCCCAAGCCUUUCAGUGCAAUAGUUCUCAACUGUUCAUGCAAUCAUCCUCAAGACUGUUCAUCAGUCUUACCUUAUAUGAUAAUAUAUGCCAUUUAGCAGACGCUUUUAUCCAAAGCGACUUACAGUCAUGUGUGCAUACAUUCUACAUAUGGGUGGUCCCGGGGAUCGUACCCACUACCCUGGCGUUACAAGCGCCAUGCUCUACCAACUGAGCUACAGAUAACUUUAAUUAUGAUUCGAAAUACCAGGGUAAACCUUCUUGCUGGUCUGGUUGUAACAUAUUGAAAUCUUCAGAUACCCUUCUACUGAAAUGGCAUAUUUUGUAAUAUUUCAUACUUCGCUUGCAGACAAUGUAAGAGACCAAGUUUCUCCAGGGUCUUGAGAUUUGCUGUCUCUAACCUACUGCACCAAGUUUAAUAUUAAACCCAAUUGGAGACAUUUUGCUGCCUAUAGCAAAAGUUUGCCUGAAAGUGAAAACCCCCACUGUUACAUAUGAACUAUUAACAUUAAUGAUUGUUUAGGGAUUCACACAGUCUGACAACCUGUCACUUGUUAUUGUUGCCCAUGGCUACGCUGUCAUUAAGUGAGCUGCUGCUACAAACACUGUUGAAAUGGUGGGCUUUUGAACGAAUAGCAGCUCUAGUUCACUGAAUUACUUUGCCUUGACCUGAGGGGGUAUACCACAAAGCAGAAUCAAUGAGUUAGCCAGCUAACUUUGACAAGCAACCAGAAAUAACUAUUGAUUUUAUGGUUAAUUAAAUAAAUUGGAGCAGACAUUUGAAAUGGGUAACUUUUUAUUUUGUAGAAAGAAAUCAGAAUAUUUAUGCGAGUUAGCUGGCUAAUAACUCCAUGAUCCUGCUUUGUAUUUUACCCUUCUGAAGGCUUGUGUUGACCUUCCAGAUUUAAUGUUUUGGCCUAAGCUCUAGUUUAUCAUGAGCUUGAGUCUCACUGGUGACCCGGGUUCCGAACCAGUUCGGUUACCCUGUUGCCAUGUUACGAAUACAUACACAUCUUUCACAAAAUGUCCAUUUAAAGAAAUUCUCAACGUUUAGGUGAUGAAAAGCUUUGUUAUUUUAUGGCCCAUCUUUGAAUAUAUAUUUUAUUAGUGAAAUCCGAUGCCUGCAACAAUAUUAUCCUUUUUGGCUUUUAAGUAUAUGGUUGUGCCACUGUGUUGUCAAUCGAUGGAAAACACCAUUUCAACACUGUGGAAAGCAGUAUUGCAUGAUAACUCUAACGCAUGCAUGUCCUUAACUAUGCAAUAGAUUGUUGCUAUGUGAACCAGAGAGUAAAUGUACAAUAUAUCCUAUCUUCCAAAUGUCAGCAAUGGAGAACAUGGUUAGUGACUUCCAUUGCUUUAAUUGCACACUUAUGUUUUAGGGUUUUCAUUACACUUCUUUUUUUUUUACAUGCGAGAAUGUUACCACAUUGUGAAACGGAUGUGACCCAAACUCUUUAAGAUGCUGAACAUUUUGUAUUUGUCUUGUUUUCUAACUUAAGUUUACACUAAAUUGAUUUAGUCUUGUGAUUGUUUUAAGGGAUUGUCUCUACCUUUUUAAAAAUUUAUUUUUUACAUUCAUUUUCAUUGUCUGUUGUUUUCCAAUGCUGGAGUAUGUGUUCAAAGGGUGCUCUCUUUUUAAAGAGCAGGUUAUCAGUCUUCUUCUUGCCCUCUUGUUCACCAGCACUUCAUUAUUAACACUACAGACUGACGCUCAGUCAUCUCAUGUGUUGCCUGUGCACUCUGCUCUCAUUUCACUGUUCUAUGAGCUGUUAGAUUUAGGUAUGAAAGGCAUGUCAGUUAAUGGAUGAAUGUCAUUAUUAAACAACGGGAGUGUUUAAAAAAAAAAAUGUAAAGAACACUUUAGGUCUCGUAGUUGCCAUAAAAACACCUGUUGUGGCAUAGACUACUAGAGUAUAUAUGUGUCUAGGGCAGGGCUCUCCAACCCUGUUCCUGGAGAGCUAACCUCGUGUAGGUUUCUGCAUUCAACCCCAGUUGUAACCCGAUUCUGCUUAUCAAUCAGCUGAUUAUUAGAAUCAGGUGUGCUAGAUGAGGGUUGGAGGGAAAACCUACAGGAUGGUAGAUCUUCCGGAACAGGUUUGGAGAACCCUGGUCUAGGACAUCUGACGUAGUUAGUGGUAGCUAAUUAGAUAGUAUAAAUACCAUUUCAUUAAUCAGUCAUAUGGAAUUUGAUUCAUUCUUCUCUCCUUGAAUGACACACUGGACUUUAGAUACUGAUUAGCGAAUAGUACCAGGCAGCAGCCCACGUUUCUACAAUACUACAAUAACGCUAUCUUAGUGGUUAUCUGUACAGUAGUCUUCUGGAAGUAGUUCAAAAUGAGUCCAGGGAAAUAUUUGAUGAUGAAAUAAGUUUGGGGAAGUGCAUGAGACUGCGUCAAACCUUUUUUUUAUGUUAAUUUAUUUGUAUGUUUUGUUUGACUCAUUUUGUUAUUUUAUAAAGAACGCAUUUCUUUGAAAGAGACAUUAUGUUGCUUUACCAAUGCAAGAACAACAUGUAAAAUGUAAUAAAAAAAAUAUG